UUGACAUUAUUCAUGCUAUUUUCCCUUUUUUGGUGUAAGUAGCUCACAAUAGCCUCUAUGGUAUAUCCUAACUUCACAUAGUCCCUCUCAGUGCCAAUCAUGCUCUUGAUGUCUGCAGAUUGCACUGGGCAUCUAAGAAGUCCAGGACUGUGAUCUUUCCUAUGCAUCAUCUUCAGAGGUUAUGACCUAAUAUUUGAGGUGAUACACUCUCACUUGUUGAUCUCUAAAUUGAGUAAAGUAAGGAAAAUAAUUAAAAAUUAAAGACAAACACCAACCGCAUAUUUGGUCUGAAAACUAUAUGACUGCACAUUCUAGAACACAAGCGUAUCAUUUUUAUUCUUUUUGUCCAUCUACAACUUGCCUCUCUCUUUUGGCUUUGCUUUUCAAAUUUUAAUUACAGUAGCAGGGAAUGCAUUUCCCUUUGAAUAAACUGAAUAUUUUUACUGCAUUUGCACUAAAUUGAAAAACCUACAGAUUUAUUCUUAAUAUACUGAGAAGAUACAGAAUUUACGAUGAUGAGGUACUUCACUAUUUCUAUUGGGCAAGAUUAUGUCAGUACAUACCUAGAGCAGUGAGCAGAAUUUGUACUUCCUAACUAGUUGUAGUUGGCCCUAGUUUCACCCAUAUCUGUAGCACUAUGUAGUUUGUUCUGUUGUUCCAAUACCAAAGAUGCCAGAUGAAACAACCUAUUAGAUUUCCUUUGAUGGGAUAGUUCUGCUAAAGUUAUUUAGCAGUUGCUGAUAUAUAGGUCUAGUUUUCCAAACUGCCAGUAGGUGUCAUACCAGUUGCAGGAAAUAUUUGUGUUUGCAUGUGUGUGUUUGGUCCCUUGGCUUUGCUGAGGAAAAGUAAAUACUACACCUGUGACUUAGCCUUACUAACGUCUAAGUUCACUUCAUAAAGUAAGCAAAAAUGAAGGGAAGCAGAAUACUGAAAAAUGUCUUCAAGAAAUAUGCUAUGCUUUUAAAAACAGCCAGAUUGAAGGUUUUUCCAUGCUUCCCCGAAGGAGUAUCUAUUUGCAAACGUAUAUGUCCUUUCUCACAUUCCUUUGGUUACCCCAACCAGCCAUCUUAACUUUGCUGAUCAUGCAAAUAAAAAGGGCCUGCCCACAAUUCAAACAAAGCCUAGCCCAUUCAGAUAGUUGUAUCCUGGAACUCUGAAUAUACCUUUCUUGACUUGCUUCCAGAACUGGGCUGCUGCAAAUGCUACAGUGUUUUUUCUAUGCACAAAUUACAUACGGAAUCACUAAGUGUCAUGGUUCUAGGUUUUUUUCCCUUACUUGUCUUGGAAACAACUUAAUCAGUUUGUACACUACAACUUCUUCAGAUGAUGGAAGACACCAGAGAGAUUCUACAGGGCUUUCUCAUGAGCAGGAGGAGGAUGGUUUCCAGCAUGAUGUGAUGGAAGAUAAAGGCAUGGGAAAAACAAAGUCUCCAAGGAGGAUUAUUUACUUUGCAAAUGGUGAAACCAUGGAAGAAUAUAGUACGGAAGAGGAAGACGAGCAGGAGGAGAAGGCGGCACAGCAGCCACUUGACACAUCCAAGCUCUCAUGGGGGCUAUAUCUGCGGCUGUGGGCCGUUCGAAUUGCAACAACUUCACUUUUUACUUGCGAAUUCCUUGGUGGGAAGCUUGCCACUUUCUUGGGACUCAAUGAACCCAAAUAUCAAUAUGCAAUAGAUGAAUACUACAGGACACAGACCAAGGAAAAUGAUGAUGAGGAGGAGGAGGAGGAGAAGAUCUCUGAGACAAAGGAGGCAGACUCUCUGAGUGAAAAACACCGUCUAGAAACACAGAAUGUUGAAUAUGGAUCUAUUAGACUCAAGAAUGCUAUGGAGUUUUCUCAAAUAAGCAGUUUUGCAAACAUUAAUGAGGUUUCAAAACAUGACCUACAACGUCCAAAUUGUAUUUCAGCUAUUAAGAAAUGAUAGCAACAUUGUCAGUGUGGUCUCUUUUAAUACUGAAAUAAUUAUAUAAUAGGACACGAAUACAUCAUUAGCAUUUUCUGGGCCUAACACAUUACGUUCCUUUGUCCAAAAGUGUCAUUCAAAUGUCUAAUAGCCAGCUAGAUGGAGCUAAAACAGCUCUAUGAAGGAAAAAGGAAGACAGGAGAUGAUAAAAAUUUAAUUCUGCCUUCUUUAACAUCUGACAUUUAACUAUUUAAGCGAAGUAGGUUAAUGGAGCAUCUGCCACCCAUUUCCUAUGUUUGUAAGCAUUGAACUGGAGCCUUUACAUUUUGUUAUGCGACUCAUAGACUUGACCUUAGUAACUUUUGAAAAUGGAAAACAUCUAUCUGACUGGGACUAAGCAAUGGAAUUUUAUAUGCUAGGGUACGUAAAGCAGCCUUCUGAAUCAUAGUCUAUUCUUGGUAGCU